AUGAAGCUAUCUACUUCACUUAUUACUUUGAUCGCCACAGUCCAGGCUCAGCAAACCGCAUGGGGACAAUGCGGAGGAACCGGCUGGACAGGUCCAACAGCCUGUGUUUCCGGCUGGACAUGUAACUAUGUAAACCCGUAUUAUUCUCAAUGCAUCGAGGGACAGAGCACAUCUUCAAGCCCUUCCACCACUUCCACUCCCAGCACUACAACUUCCCCUGUAUCAUCAUCAUCAUCAUCAUCAUCAUCCGCAAUUCCGUUCUCCUACAACAGCAAAUCUUUCCUCCUAAACAACCAACCCUUCCAGAUCAUCGGCGGCCAAAUGGACCCCCAACGCAUCCCGCGCGCCUACUGGCGUCAACGUCUCCAAAUGGCUCGCGCCAUGGGCCUAAACACAGUUUUCUCAUACGUCUACUGGCACUCCCUCGAACCCAGCCAGGGCGUCUUCGAUUUCACCGGUAACAACGACCUCAUCACAUGGUUCCAAACUGUGCAGGAGGUCGGUCUCAAAGCCGUUCUUCGUGCGGGACCUUAUCCGUUUUUGACGGCGGCGUCGAGUUAUAUGCAACGUCUGGCGCAGGAAUUGCAUGAUCAGCAGACUACGCAGGGUGGACCGAUUAUUAUGGUGCAGGUGGAGAAUGAGUAUGGGAACUAUGGCUCUGAUCAUAGUUAUACGCAAGUGAUAGGGAAUAUUUUUAAGCAGAAUUGGCAGGUUACGCUGUAUACUAAUGAUGGUGGAAAUCAAGGAGCUUUGUCUGGGGGCCAGAUCCCUGGGAUUCUGGCUGAAAUCGAUGGGAACCCUCAAGGUGGUUUUGCGGCUCGAAAUCAAUAUGUUACGGAUCAGUCAAGUUUGGGUCCCUUGCUAGAUGGGGAAUAUUAUGUGACUUGGUUUGAUACCUGGGGUCCGCAUAGUGGGUAUUCUACUGAUGAAGGUAACCAAGGCGCGAUCAAUGGGGUGAUCAAUGAUUUGAGCUGGAUACUAUCCAAUAAUGACUCAUUUAGUAUCUACAUGUUUCACGGAGGUACCAGCUUUGGCUAUGGAAAUGGCGGCGAGAACUAUGGGAAUUUGACCCCUUUUAUAACAAGCUAUGAUUACGGUGCGCCGCUAGAUGAGAGUGGACGAAUAACACCAAUCUAUAACGAUAUUCGGAAUAUGAUAUCGAACCAUGUCCCCUCGGGAACUAUCCCCAGUGUCCCAUCAGUCCCGACGAUGUGGUCUAUGCCAACCACCACUCUUCAGCCGGUAGCAAGGUUAUUCGAUCAACUCCCUUCAGCGACUAAUUCCAGUUUACCGCAGACAAUGGAGCAGCUGGGUCAAUCAUUUGGCUACGUGCUAUAUUCGCAUCAGGCUACAUCAUCUAUAUCAGGCGCAGUCAAAUCGGGUGACCAUGCGAGAGAUCGGGUCAUUGUAUACAAAAACGGGGUAAAGCAAGGUGUCAUUGACUCAAUCUAUAGCCACCCGGCCACUGUCAAUGUACAGCUUUCCUCUGGAGAUACUUUAUGGCUUCUUGUUGAGAAUUUGGGUCGUGUCGACUACGGUAGUCCUAUAGUUGAUCAACGGAAGGGUAUUGUAGGCAACGUGACUAUCGGGGGCAGCGUCAUUUCCAACUGGGAGAUAUACUCCUAUCCUUUGAAUACACCUCCAUCAACCGUUGAUACAAGCAACUCAUCUAUUUCCAUCCCCUCUGGCUCACAGCCAGUCUUCUACAAGGGAAGCUUCGUCGCCCCUAGUAGCGAUAGUGCAUCAGACACCUACCUGACCUUACCGGGAGGUAUCAAGGGAGUAGUCUGGGUCAACGGCAACAAUCUCGGACGAUACUGGAUCAUCGGCCCGCAACAAAGCCUUUACCUCCCUGGUUGUUUUAUGAAGACCGGAUCAAAUGAGAUUGUGGUUCUAGAACUUGAGCCACAAGCGGGGACUCGAGUGGCGUAUGGUGUUACGUCUAGGACUUGGGGGAAUAAUCCGGAUCCGGAUUGUAAUAAUUGUUCUUGA